CAGACGCUUCCCAUCUAAAAUCAGCCGACACGUGGCACAACACAAGGAUUUUCCUUGCCCCUUUUAUGCUAACCCCAAAUCAAAUGCUUAAACACCCCUCCAUUCUUCCAUCUCUUCCAAUCAACACAAUUCUCUCUCAAAUCCCCUCAUUCCCACUCUCCCCACCACGAAAAGCGAUUUCGAAAUUCCAAGUUACAGAUAGAUGGAGCAGGCCGCAACUUCCACCAGCUCUCUGCUGGCUUCUCCAACAGAGGAUGAAAUCGCCGUCGCCGAUAUCCUGCUCAAUCUCAAGACCACGAUGCUGCCGCUAUCUGAAUCGCUGCCUAAUUGCAAGUGGGGCCUCCGGAGGAAGAGAUCUUGCCUUGUGUCGCCGCCCUCAAUUAGCGCUUCAUCAAACAGAAUUGAAGACAGAAAAGCUCCAAUCAAAGCCGAGGAGGCUCGCACCACCGGCAGCCCCGACACGCCGCUCAUCUUCUCUCACAGUGAGUCCGAUGACAAACCCAAGCAUUCCUCCAAGAAAACAUCCAAGAGCAAGUCAAAGGCGAGGGAGGAUUACUUGGAUUUGAUAGAUGAAGAAACAAAGCGGAAGAAGCUGCUCACAGGGGAGAUUGCAAAAGUGAGGAAAUACUACAACGAGCUCAAGGAAACCAACCGCCGUCUCAAAGCAAUGAAACAGGAGGCGAUGGCCAAGUGUGGAUCGGUGAAAAGCGGGGAGCCACGUGGAUUCGAUCUGAACCUUCCAGCUGAAGAAGAAUCAGGCGGCGUGGUGAUAUAUUGGCCGUUGGAUGAUGCUGCUGAUAAACGGGCCAGAUCUGCCGAAGCGAGGAGGAAGAGAAUACGAAUAAUCAAGACCAAGUCGACUAGGAAAUAGUAACACGUGGUGAAUAACUAAAUUAAAUCAAUUUAUUCUUUUUGUGAGUAAUGUUUUUGGGGCUAUAUUUUUGUACCAUAUUCUAUCAAAUCUUUCAAGAUUUUGGGAAAUCGCAAAAUCGCGCAUAGUAUAUUUACUUAUUAUUA